AGAGAAAGAAAGAGAGAGAGAGAAAGAGAGAGAGAGAGCUCGUUACUGGCUGGUGAUGAAGUACAAAGCGAGGAUAAGUUUCCUGCAGCUGUUUUAAAGAGAGAGAGAGAGAGAGAGAGGGUGUGAGGGACGGAGAGAGAGAGGGAGAGGGAGAGAGAGAGAGAGAGGGAGGGAGGGAGAGAAAAGCCAACUCAUCUGACACAAACAGUGGGCCAAAGAAAGGGGAAGAGCAGGAGCGGCACCGGGGCUGCAGAGGACGAGUGGAAAAUCAAAGUGGGAGAGGGAGGACUUGGAGCGGCGUGAAGGGAGGAAAAAAAGGAGAAGCAGAGAGUCAGCAGCACAAGGACUGGGAAAGAGGGGAAGAAAAAAAAUAAGUAAAAAAAAAAAAACAGAAAAAAAAAAACAAAAGUGUGUGGCUGGAGGAGAAACGGGGGUCGAAGCAGCGGCGAGCGAGAGAGACGAGGAUGUCAACGGAAAAUGGCUCUGAGGACGCCAACCAUCGUAGCUUCUGGAUGCCUGGGAACUAUCAGCGCACGGUGAAGCGGACAGAAGAUGCCUUCCAGGCCUGUAACGACAUCGUGGCCUGUUUCCAAGAGAGGGCUCGCGUGGAGCGGCAGUACGCCCAGCAGCUCAGCGAGUGGAGCAACAAGUGGAAGCCUCUGGUGGACUCCAGUCCUCUGUACGGCUCCCUCCUGAAGGCCUGGCAGUGUUUCCUGUCCUCGGCUGACCGGCUGGCCUCCCUGCACGCCACCAUCUGUCGCUCCCUGGUGUCGGAGGACGGCGACCAGGUCAGGACCUGGCAGAAGGACUCCUUCCACAAGAAGCUGUUCGGAGGCUUCAAGGAGUCCCAGGACAUCGACACUGGUUUCGCACGCGCUCAGAAGCCCUGGGCCAAACGUCUGAAAAAGCUGGACAAAGCCAGGAGGGCGUACCACAAGGUGAGCCGCAAGGAGCAGCUGGCCCGGGAGCGAGAGGCGCACGCUCAGGGGAACCCGGACAUCGCCAUCGAGAAACAGAGGAAGAUCCAGGAGGAGAGGGAGCUGGCCCAGCAGGAGGCCGAGAAGGUCCGUGCCCGCUAUGAGAAGGUCCUGGAGGAGGUGAGCCGCUACGCUCCUCGCUACAUGGAGGAGAUGGAGUCCAUCUUUGACCAAUCGCAGGAGGAGGAGCGCAAGAGGAUCAGCUUCCUCAAACAGGCCUUCCUCUCCAUCCACAGACACCUGGACGUCACCAACAACGAGAGUGUGAAGGCGGUGUACAACGAGCUGCACAACACACUGAUGGCCAUCAACGAGCAGGAGGACCUGCGCUGGUGGAAGAACACCCACGGGCCCGGCAUGCCCACCGACUGGCCCCACUUCCAGGAGUGGACGCCCGAGAAGAAAACCAAAAAAGGGAAGAAAGUCGUGGAGCAGAAAGGAACGAUAGAGCGGAGUGCGAUGAUUGGUGGAGUCAGAGUAAGAGCUCUCUAUGAUUAUGUUGGCCAGGAGACAGAUGAGCUGUCCUUUAAAGCAGGCGAGGAGUUCCUGAAGAUCGAGGAUGAGGACGAUCAGGGCUGGUGCCGGGGGAUGAAGGACGAGGGCAGGGAGGGGCUGUACCCGGCCAACUACGUGGAGGUGGUCUAGUGCGUCAAAAAAAAAAAAAAAAAAAAAAAAAAAAAAAGACCCUCGCCGGGAGAAGAAAAGCUCAGUCACGUCCUGCAGUUUGUCUGGAUCCUAAACACAACCUGGUCUAGAGUCUGUCAGAAAACACCGAGCAGCUCGCAGCCAAAGAUACUGUCUGGGAUGAGAUGGACCUUUUGGCACAAACACAUUAAAGAAAAAAAAAAAAAGAAAAAGAAAAAAAA